AAGGUUAUGGUAUCGUUGUGUUGCAUAUACGCGGGAAAUCUGUCAAAAGUGCGUAAAAGCUAAUAGAAGCGGUGUAAUAAUGACGCAACGUCGUAUAGAUUCUUUUUUCACUAUAUUAUCGUCCAAGAAAGAGAAUUCGAGUCAGGAUACGUUGGAGAGUAACAAGGCUGACAAGCAGAAGGAUCAAGUUGCAUUAGGAAAUGGGAAACGGAAGAGAAACAAGAGCAGUGAAUUUGUCAGUUCUCCUUCAAAGAAAUCUGAUACUAAACUUAAGAAGCCAAAAACAGUUUCCAAGACUCCUUCUCCAAUUGCAAAGUCUCAUGCAAAAGGAGCUACUCCAAAAAUAAAGUUGGAUGAAGCUUCAGCUAAAGAAUCAAAAAAGGCAGAAAAAAGAAAACUGAAGAUUCGGCCUAAUGUACAGAAAAAGAAGGAAAAAGAUGCAGCAGUAAGUAAAGUUGAGAUAGCAGAAAAUACUGAAACAGAAAAUGGUAAAAUUAAAAGUAAAACAGAAAAGAAAUCUACAUCUUCAGAAAUAAAAUCUGUAUUUGAUGAGACAGAAAAAACAAAGAAUGUAAAGAAGAAGCGAAGUAGGAUACUUCAGAUAGUAGAUUCCAGCGAUGAUGAGGAUCAUUUAUCAUUACCAGAAAGCCCCCAAAAAACUGAGGAUAAUGAUAAAGAGACAAAAAUUGAAAGCUUAGACAAGUCUAAUAAAAAGAAAAAGAAUGAUUCAGAUGAGGAAGUUGACAAGAAUGAUUCAGAUGAGGAAGUAGACAGAAAUGGUUCAAAUAAGAAAGUGGACAAGAAUAGUUCAGAUGAGGAAGUAAACAAUGUUACUUCGGAUAAUGAAGAGAAAAGCAAAAGCCCGAAGAAGGAGUCUACGCCUGAGAAGAAGUCAUCUAAGAAAAUGCACAGCUUUUUCACGUCUAAGCAAAAAGACAACGCAGAGGAUGAAAAAAAGGGCAAUACAAAAAGCGCCAACCAGUCUUACAAUCCUAGCGCAUCUAACUAUCAUCCGAUAGACAAUGCAUGUUGGAAACGAGGCGAUAAAACUCCGUAUAGCGCAUUUGCACGCACUUUGGAACUCAUCGAGGAGACAAGCGCAAGGCUGAAGAUAGUAGAAAUAUUAUCGAAUUACUUUCGGUCUGUUAUAGUUCUGAGCCCCUCGGAUCUCCUGCCAAGCAUGUAUCUGUGCCUUAAUCAAUUAGCGCCGGCAUACGAAGGAAUUGAACUUGGAGUCGCUGAUACAAACUUGAUGAAGGCGAUAGCGCAGUGUACCGGUAGAACCCUGGCGCAAAUUAAAGCCGAUGUUCAAGAAGUCGGCGAUUUAGGACUUGUAGCGGAAGGUAGCAGAUCUAAUCAGAGAACUAUGUUUCAACCGGCGCCACUGACGGUUCCCAACAUGUACUCUAAGCUAAAGGAGAUCGCUCAAAUGACAGGGCACGCGUCUGUAACGAAGAAGCUGGAUAAAAUUCAGACGUUGUUUGUGGCGUGCCGUAAUACCGAGGCGAGAUACCUCAUCAGAUCGUUAGCCGGAAAGCUUCGCAUUGGAUUGGCAGAGCAAUCUGUUUUGCAAGCUUUGGCUCUGGCUUGUGCUAUGACACCACCAGAACAAGAGUAUCCACCAGAGAUUCUGAACGCGAGCAAAAAAAUGUCGAACGACCGCUUCAAGGAGAAAUACGAUGAAAUAGCGCUUAUACUGAAAACAACAUAUUGUGAAUGUCCGAAUUACAACCUCAUAAUUCCUGUUCUACUGGAAGAUGGAAUUAGUGCCUUACCGAGCAAGUGUAAACUCACUCCUGGAAUACCUUUGAAACCUAUGCUGGCGCAUCCUACUAAGGGUAUUCAGGAAGUUCUGACGCGAUUCGAGGGUUUGAAAUUCACGUGCGAGUGGAAAUAUGACGGAGAGAGAGCACAGAUACACGUUGCGGACAACGGCCAGAUCAAUAUCUACAGCAGAAAUCAAGAGAACAAUACCAGCAAGUAUCCAGAUAUUAUCAAACGUUUUAAGAACACUUGCGGCGAUCUGGUCAAGAAUUGCGUACUCGAUUGCGAGGCGGUCGCCUGGGAUAGCGAGAAGAAGCAAAUCCUACCGUUCCAGAUACUCAGCACGAGAAAGCGAAAGGAUGCCAACGAAGAGGACAUCAAAGUGCAAGUGUGCGUGUUCAUGUUCGAUCUGUUGUAUCUAAACGACGAGCCGUUGGUGAAGGAACCAUUCGCAAAACGUCGCGAGUUGUUGAGAGAGCACUUUAAGGAAGUGGAGGGCGAAUGGAAGUUCGCCAACAGCAUGGAUACUACGACGAUGGAAGAGGUGCAAGUCUUUCUGGACGAUUCUGUGAAAGGAAAUUGCGAAGGUCUGAUGGUGAAAACAUUGGAGCAGGACGCAACGUAUGAGAUCGCGAAGCGAUCGAGAAACUGGCUGAAGUUGAAGAAGGAUUAUCUGGGCGGCGUCGGCGAUACACUUGACGUGGUUGUAAUCGGUGGUUACAUUGGGAAGGGAAAGAGGACCGGCACUUACGGUGGCUUCCUCCUGGCUUGUUACGAUCAGGAAAACGAGGAAUAUCAGAGCAUUUGCAAAAUUGGUACAGGCUUCAAGGAAGAAGAUCUUGAGAAUCACACUAAAUUCUUCAAGGAUCAUGUAGUACCCCAAGCUAAAUCGUAUUAUCGCUUCGACAGCAGCCACGAGCCAGAUCACUGGUUCGAGCCUGUUCAAGUGUGGGAGAUCAAGUGCGCAGAUCUCUCCCUUUCGCCCGUUCACAGAGCGGCUACUGGAAUAGUUGAUUCGGAGAAGGGAAUAUCUUUGAGAUUUCCACGAUUUAUCAGGAUUCGCGAGGAUAAGAACUGCGAACAGGCCACCUCUGCUCAGCAAGUAGCGGACUUGUACAACAAUCAAGAACAGAUCAAGAAUCAAACGUCGAAAUCGAAAGUUACAGAGGAGGAUUUCUAUUAAGUUCUUUUCGUUUUUUAUUUAUUUUUCUCGACACGCACAAAGCCAGUAAGUCCUCUAUUUUUUCUUAUAAUCACAAUUUUGUAAAAGCUGCUGUAAAUAAAAUAUUUGAUAUUAUAACAGAA